GGAGCGCUAACGCCGCCACGCUUUUUAUACGCUUAUCGCAUACAAUUUUUUUUACAUCCUGACAUCACGUUCGGUCUGCUCUUUCGUGCGGAUGUUUAACCAAAUCUGAUGGAUGUAAGAUUCGUCACAUAAUUGACACAAGCGGUUACAAUUUUAUAUUAGAUACGUCUAUCGGUUGACAAGAGUUUGUUUGAAUAAAUUUACGAAAAAAAUGAGCGAACUCGUUUGGGGAAUAAAAAAUGGUGAUCUCGAGCAAGUUCGGGAUAUCGUUGAGAAUAAGAAUAUCGAUGUAAAUCAAAUGAUAGAUGGAAGAACACCGUUACAUUAUGCUGCAGAUUAUGGACAAUAUGAUGUAGUCAGAUAUCUAUUAGAGAAAGGUGCGGAUGCUAAUGCUACGGACAAACAUGGGAUAACAACAUUACUGGCUGCAAUUUGGGAAGGCCAUACGCAUUGCGUUAAACUAUUGUUAGAAAAAGGCGCUAGACCGGAUGGAUUAACUCCCGACGGGACAAGUUAUUUGAACGCCGCUGAGAAAGAAGAAAUCAAACAGCUUCUCAGAAUGCACUAGCAGAAAUCCUAACGUAUACAAGGCGAUAACUUUUUUUAUUCUAGUAUGUUAAUGUUCUUAAUAUAAUAUCGCGAUUGCUUUGUUUUUAAUUUCGUGCAUACUUUUAACCAUCGUAUUUAUGUAUUUUGAAUGAAAGCUGUCAGAAAUAUGGGGAUCACAGUUUUAUAACGAUAUGUCGCACAUGAAAGAUACAUAAUCAGGGAAUUAUUUUUUAGUAGAUUUCAGUUAUACUAAUAAGUUCUAAAUUUAUACUGUAUAGUAACAUCUUUUUAUGUGUUAUACGCAUUGGAAUUAAUCUUAUUUUUCCAAUUUAACCGAGUAUACUGUAGAGAAUAUUUUGAUACAUUCUAUAAAAUGAAUUCAUUUUAAUCUAUUUAUUAUUUGUUUAUUAAUAUCGAUCAUUCCUUUCACAUAUCUUUCAAAAAGGCUGUUUUAAUAUUAUAUUUAUAAUUUUUCUAGUGAAAAAAAAAUUUUAGUUACAACAUAAACAUUAAGUAUUAUUAAAAAUGAAAUACCUAACAAUGUAAAUUUUUGUUUGAAUUAUUCUUUGAUUGAUUUACUUUCAAUCCAAGUUAAAAGUCUUUUUGUUCAAUAUAAGUUAUAUCAAAAAAGAUUAUGAAUGUGUUUACGAAGAUCAUGUCUCAUAUAUAUUGUCUUGGAAGAUAUAAAAAAAUGUACAAUAAUCAAAAAUCAUAAGUCAUUGGAGCAUUGUUAUGAAUUUUGUUGACUUUGUCAACUUCAUACACAUGGCUAAAAGUUUAUUAGAGUGCUGCGCAUUCAACUGGCCUAUUCUGUGAGAUUUAAUGCUAACUUGAUUGGUACGGCAUUCAUCCACGCGCAUCCCUUCUAUUGUAGAUGGUACAAAAUUAAACAGGUUGUUUAAUAGCAAAGUUAGCAAAAUAUUAUAACACAUAUGUAGAUGUCUGCUUAGUGGAACAGGCUAAAGAGGAAAAGACUGUAAUAUAUAAUCGAUGAAUUUAUGCAAUAUAUAACAUGCGUUUUGUAUAUUUUUGUUCUGUUUUAAUGUUAUGUCACAUUUGGAUGUUUGCAAAAUGAAUACAUGUAUACAUUGAUAAUA